AUGAGAUUUGAGCUGACAAACCCGCACCGCACUUAAUGGCAGGCCAUCGAUGGAUCUGAUUCAGCUCAUGGGAGUCGAUCCAUCCAUCCAUUCAUCCGGCAAUCCGUACUCAGCUAUCGUACACACCCCCAUACACACACAGUCAGUCCAUCCAUUCAUCCAUCCAUCCAGCCGCACUGCAGCGGUCAGUGAGUGAAAUCAGCAAAGGGGGCCAUCGACGGGGUAGCAUGGCAAGCAUGGCCACCUCUCCCUGCCAUGACACGACACACCCUUCUGCAGAUAUCACUCACUCCGCCCACCCGCUGCAAGCAGGCAGUAAAUAAGGCAAACUCAACUCAUUCUACCCACAACGCAAUGCAGCCGCGCUCAGCUCACUCAGCAACCGACCAAAGAUCGAGGAGGCGGAACUCUGGUGAGUGAGUGAGAAUCGUGGGUGAGGUUGUGUGGUAUGGUGUGGGUCAUCGUCGAUGGAGUGGCUGGCUGGCUCUGGCAGAUGGGACAGGGUCGGUGCAAUCAUAUCAUCCGCCCCCCCGCCCGUCCUCCUGUCUGUCUGUCUGUUGAGUCACCACAACCACCCUGCAUCACUCCAUCCAUCAAGGCAUGCUGCUCUGAUCUCCUUAUCGAUCUGCCCACAUCCAUCCAUCCAUCCAUCCGUCCAUCCAUCCACCCGUUCCCUCCCAGCAUGCAUAGACAGACAGACAGACAGACCAAACCACUCCACAUCUGCACAACACAACACAACACAGCUCACGCACGCUCCCCUCCCCUCCCCCAACUCUUCAGGCACACUUCAACAACGAGACGCGACGGCCGUGGGAGAGAGAAGUAGAAAGUGAGUGUAAGGUGUGGUCUGUCUACGUGUGGGCACCGCAGCCGAGCUAACGUCAAAAGCAAAAGGGCUGCUGCGCUGCCGGGUGUGUGAAAGGUAUCAUGUCACAACGUGGUGGAAUGGCGUGUGUGAGCGCUAUCUUAUCAGUCAGUAGAAGCCUGCACCACACGCACACACACAGAGGCGUGCAUCCUCCCCUCAGUGUGUCAGGCAGCCACCGCCCGACCUGCUUUGGUUCUGAGUGUGGGGUGGUCGCCGCGGCCCCACGGCAAGUACCCCUUGGUGAUCUCACACAGUCUGGAUCGAGCAACCACACACACACACACACAUACACACAUACACACACGUACGGCCACCCAUCUGUGUGUGUGUGUGUGUCGGCUUUGCUUACUUGUCUGCACAUUUGGUGACGUUUGGGAUCUUAACCGGGCCCCCCUCCCAGUUCUGAUACAGCCGGGUGGUGAAGCACGUGAAGUCGGCGAUGAUAUCUGCCGGCACGUCUGAAAGUGCACACAGCACAGCACAGCACAGCACACACGGACAAAGGCAGGGCAUUGAGCGGUCUCUCGGUCUGUCAGUGAGCCCGUGUGUGUGUGUGCGGAUGUGGGUGUGGGUGGUGUGGUGUGGUGUUACUCGAUGUGUUGUAGAUGACGUGAUAGUGGGUGGGGCCCGAACACGCUGACACAUCACAUGACACACACAGACACAGACGACAGACAGACAGAUGCUCGUGCGUGUGUGUGUCCGGCUGUUCGUUCAGUGUGCUCACUGCCGCGGGGCGCCCGGUUGUGCACAACGAAGAAGUCGAAAUCGGUCGUCGAGGUGAUGGUCGACUCGACGAUCGUCUCUGAAAAGACACACACGCGCACAGAGAGAGAGAGAGAGAGACCAUGUCUGCCCAUUCACCCCAUUCUCUCAAUCCAUCCCGUCGCUUACGCUCCUCCGGAUUGUCGAUGCGCAUCUGCUGCACACGCGACACAGCCGACCCCUCCUCGCCUGCCGGCCCGCCGCCACCACCACCACCACCGCCCCUACCCCCGCCCCGGCCACCCCCACCGCCACGCCCCCGCGAGUCCUCCCACCGUGGCCGGACGUUGCGAUCGUCGUCGCGCCCACCACGACCUCCCCCGCCGCCUCCCCCGCCGCCAUCCGACUUGGCGAAUAUCUUCUGGUUGAUGCGCUUGUUGACGAUUGUGAAGACGAGUUGGAUGGUGGGGGGUUGCUGGCUUCUUGGGCGGAGCUCGUCACGGUGGUGGCCCGACUCGGACGCCUGGAGGGCUGCGUUGAUGGCCUGCUCGAUGACGGGCCUCUCACAGACGAAGGCAAUGGCCUUCUGCGAGUCGCCGGCACCGUCACUGAGGCACACAGGUAAGGAGAGGGAGGUUGUCUGUUUGUCUGUGUGUUGUGGUGAGGUGUGGGAGUGGGGGUGGUGGAAUACAUACCGGUAGACAAACAGUUUGUCUGGGAGGUAGCCCUGGUGGUGCCGGGCGUAGUGCAGGAAGGCGUCUGUGUCACACACACACACACACACAUCGAGACGAAUGAAUGGAUUGGCAAGGGCCUGUCUGCCUGUCUGUCUGUGUUGCCUCUUACUGGCCAGGAACGGCGCCAAACCGUUGGCUACUUCAACGCGCCCCCCGUAGAAACUCUCCUGCCCCCAAACACACACACCAUGUCAAUGACAUCCAUCCACACACCAACCAUAUAUAUGUGUGUGUGUGUCUGACCUCAUGGUAGAUGCGCGUGAAGGCUGUGUUGGUGGUCGCGAUCAUGCCACAGCACGUCUGCAUCUUGCCGCCGACCAGCUUCCGGAUGAAAUCAAACCCAACUAACAUCACGCGGCUGCACAACACACCACAACACACACACAUUCCCUCUCUUAUGCGGUGAAUGGAUGGAUGGAUGUGUGUGUGUGAUUGCUGCCCACCUGGUGUCGAGGUUGCGGGUGAGGUCGCUGGGCGGCUGCAGGGUGUACUGGUAGCCGCCCAUCUUGCAACGGAUGUCGCCGAAACAACCUGCACACACACACACAGAGAGAGAGAGAGAGACCGCAAAACGGUCCAUCGACACGUGUGAUGUGUGCGCAGCGCGUGUGGCUGACCGGCCCUUCCCAUUGACCUACCCUUGAUGGCCAUGACGCCUUUGCCGCGGUCGUUGCGAUUCCGGAGGUCCUGCACCGCCUCAGAACACUUCUCGAACCGGAUGCACUGCAUAUGGAAGCAACACACGACACCGACACAGAGAGGGUGUCUGUGUGCUGUGUGUGUGUGUUGCGCUGACCUGGGAGGCCACGGGGCAGUUGGAGUGGGCCCCCGAGAGGAACUCCUUGAGCUGCUUGUAGCCGAGAUCGCCGUUGGCCUUGGUGCUGAACACACACACACAUAUAUAUAUAUACACACAGACAGACACACACACACUCUCUCUCUCUCUGACCCUUUCGGCAGUAUCCAGAGGAUCAUGUGGAUGCUCUGCCGAUUCGCCAAAAUCUUCUCCUCGAUCUCCGCGAGGUCGUCCCGAUCGACGUCUGCACAAAGACAAAGCAGCACACCCACACUCCCUCCCUCCCUCCCUGUCUGUCCGUCUGAGUGUUUCGCGUACGCCCGGCGCGUGUUGAGGGGCGAAGGAUGUGGUGGUAGUUGAAGAGGUCCUGCGAGCCGUUCUCCGGCCGCGGCGGGGCCUCAAGCCUCGUGCUGCGGGCCGUCUGCAGCACCACCUCGGACAGCGCCUCGGCCUCCUCAUAGGCGCCGUGCGGGAAGACUAUCAUCACCUUGGUGAAGUCCAAACUUGUGUCCUCAUCCGGCUGCACACACACACACACACACACAUUCCAAACCUCUGUGUGUUGGUGUGGGUGUGGGUGUGGGUGUGGGUACCUCUCUCCUCUCGGUGGUGCGAUUGCGGUCGCCUUUGGGGAGGGUGCGCCCCCAGGCCUCGACGGGGGCGGUCUGCACACUCGCGUGGAACUCCUCGAUGAGCUGCUGGUUGUCCUUCAGGUUCUUGACGCGGUCCAGGUGCUCCGCCGUCUUGACCAUCCUGAUGUCUGACACACACACACACACACACACAGACACACACACAGACACACACACAGAGGGGGAGGGUGUGUUGGGUUGAGUUGAGCCUUGUGGAUUGCCUACGUGGGGGCAUGCGCGUGUAGCGUCCGAUGUUGUUCAUCAUCUGCGGCUCGUUCUUCAUGUCCUCGUCCAGACCUGCACACACAGCAUCAGUCAGUCAACACACCACCCACACACACACCACAGCACAAUGACACUCAUCCGGCCAGCCGCCCGGCUCUGCGUCGUGUGUUGUGUGUUGUGUGCUGACCGAGCUUCUGGCAGAAGCAGGCGGGGAUGUAGGGCUUGAAGCCGCCCUUGCCGCGCGCCUCUCCCACGAUGAAGAACUGCCUGUCGGUGCUGGGCAUGCGGCUGUCACCCACCUUGGUCUGCACACACGACACAUGCACAGGGGGAGGCGUGUGUGGUGUGGUGUCUGUUGGUCUCGCCCACUCUGAAGUAGUCGCCGUAGCUGAUGGUCUGGCCGCUGCCGAGGGUAAAGGUGUCCGACAUCUUCAUCUCGACAAUCUGAUGCCAUACACAAACAGACAGACACGGACAGACACGCAAGAGAGAGGGAGAGGGAGAGGGAGAGAGGUGGAAAGCAUCAAUAUGUGUGACUGUGUGUGUGCUGUGGUGUGUGCGCACGUCUGCGAUGCGGUAGACGUCGCCCUUGUCUUUGUUGGUGGUGUAGGUGGUGAUGACCUGCGACCCUCGCACGGCCUCGGCAAUCCUCCCCAACGAGAUCUCCUCACGUGGACCUGCACACACAACACACAACACACAACACACACACACAGACAGAGAUUGCUGUGCUGCUGUUGUGGGUGGUGUGUGGGUGGAGUGCUCACCCCGCUUGCAUUUGAUGUAGAAGUCCAUGGUGUCCUCCAUCAACACACGAUGUUUCAUCGCUACCUGCACACACAGACAGACAGAGAGACAGACAGACACAGACGACAACGCACACACACACACAUACACAUGGGUGCGAACACACCACAGAAGACAGACAAGAUCACGCCCAAGUAACCUACCUCCACCACCGGCGACCCCUCGACAAACCGGGUCGACAGCGCGAACCCCUUGAGCACGAACAACUUGGCCACGUAGUUGCGGAAACUGCACACAUUCGUUCGUCCACACGAGCGACCACACCACACCACACCACAUAUCUGUCGGUUCGGCGAUUCGGUCUGUGUGUCGUGGUGUGUGGGUUACCGAGGGUCGGGGUGCCUGAGUGAUUUGAUCUCCACGGUGGGCGCCGUCCCGCUGGCCAGGUCGAAGUGGAAAUCGAAGCCAACCUGACCACCAGCGGAACACAGCAACAGACAGACACAGACACACAACGGUCUUUGGUGCGCGUGUGGGUGGGCGGAGGGGUGAUUGAGUACCUGCACCAACUGCACACACGAACAGACACACAGACAGACAGACAGACAGACAGACAGCCACACAGUGCGGGCCAGUGUGUGUGUGUGUGUGUGUUGUUUACCUUGAGGUUGCGAUUGCAGACUUUGAAGAGGAAGUCGUAAAAGUUCUUGACCUCCUCCGACAUGUCCUCCAGAUAGUCUGACGCACACAACAAACGACAGACAGACAGACAGACAGACACUCACGACAGUCACCCUGUGUGUGUGCGUGUGUAUGUGUAUGUGUGUGUGUAUGUGUGUGUGUGCUGCCACCACUCACUGUAGGAGAGCUCCUUGGUAUGUGUGAGGGUGAUCUGAUACGUCAGCCCCUGACGCACCGGCUGCAUGAACCACACCCCACACACAAGGCAGAAAACACAGCCAUUUCGUCACCUCACCCUCGUCUGUGUGUGUUUGUGUUGUGCUGUGGAUUGUGCGUACGACGCUGAUGGACACGUUGUCCUUGACCUCCUGCGGCUUGGAGAUGAUGAUGUGGUCACCAUCGUUGUACUGAAACAGGCACUGGAGCACCUCGCGGAUCUGAACACACACACCACAACACACAAUGGCGUCGACCCAGUGCCUGCCUUCCCCCCCGCACCUACCUUGGACUCUCCUCGCCCCAACAAGUUCUGCUUUUUCCGCUUCACAACCUGCACACACAACAGAGAGACACACAGUGACGACUCCCACCCUCCCCUCCCCUCCCUCACCAGGUCGGUGCUCCCCGUGCGGGUCGAAGUCGCAUUUGUAGAAGAUCCAUGUCGUCACGCCGCGCGGCACGGUAGGCGUCACGCGGAAGUUGUUCGUCACCACCUGAGUGGGACGGCCUGCGGGGUUGCGGGUGGCCGCGGGGCGGGGGGCGAAAUUCUUCCGGGCCUCCUUGAGCUGCGCGCGCUUGGGAAUCUCCACCAUGGGCGGCACCGGCACCUCCUGCUGCACCAACCAACCAACCAACCGACACACAGAGGGGACGACAAAACGACACGAAGAUGACAUCCGAGGACGGCUUUCCCCUCCCCGCGCCCCUCCCUGCCCCCCUCCCACCCCCUCUCACCUCCACGUCCAUCAUCAUUCCUCCGUUUCCGCCUGCAGCGGCCGCAGACGGCUCCUCCGGCGAGCGACGGGUCUCCUCGGGCGAGCGACGAGGCUCCCAGCGAGGCGGCUGCUGGGUGAAGCGGGUGUCACGUGGCUCCCGAGUGUCCCGACGACGGUCUCGGUCUCGGUCAUCCCGCCCUCUGUCCCGCCGACCACGGUCAUCGUCCCACCGGCCUCGACGGCCGUUUCCUCCACGACUGUCCAUAUCGAUGAAUCGAACAACACGCUGGUGCUGUCCACAAGAGGGGAAACUGCUUCUUUUC